GUCAACGUAGGUACCAGUGGCACCUAUGCCAACGUAUUCUACACCGAGGUAACCGAAGCUCAAAAGGUGGGUGCAGGCGGUGGAAACCCAAACGAAAAUGAGUGCAUUGAGCUCGUCUUCUGGCCCAUAGAGGAUGCUGACAAGCUGCUAUUCAUCACUGAAACUGGACCCGCUGUGCCCACAAGCUUGAUUUUCUCUGUCCUCUGGUUCCAGAAGCACAUUCAGCCCCACUUGCCCCCUGUUUCCUGA